UCCAAAAAGAGGUUGCAAUUUGCAAAUACAGCUAUUACUGGACGUGAAAAAUUCCUCCUUGUCGAUCCUUUCCUCAAUCCCGAUUUCCAUAAAAACCACUCUCUCUCGGCGGCUUUACACCGCCUGAUCGUUGACGUUCGUACUCGUGCAAUCGGCCUCCACUAAAUCACAAUGAAGUCCAGAUAGAGAGAGAGAGAGGUCCGGUUUCGGUAGUGUGGGAGAGCCCACCACAAAGGGAAUGGGUGGUGAUUGCUUGGAUCUUCCCUAUUAGAGUUCCUUUUGCUUCCCUUUUAUCUGUUCACUGCUUUGGACUUGAAAUUGGCGAAUUUGUUGUUGUUGCUGCUUUGGACUAGAUGGGCUCGAAGCCGUUCUUCUAUCCGGCUCCGACCUAUCGCUCUCUGGAGACUUUUUGGGACACCGACGACGACGCCCCUGGCCCACGCUGCGCCCACACCCUCACCGCCGUCGCCGCCACCAAAACCCACGGCCCCCGCCUCAUCCUCUUCGGCGGCGCCACCGCCAUCGAGGGCGGCGCCUCCUCCUCCGCUCCCGGCAUCCGGUUAGCUGGGGUGACGAAUUCCAUUCACUCCUAUGACGUCCUCACCAGAAAAUGGACCAGACUGCGACCUGCCGGUGACCCGCCUUCUCCUAGGGCAGCGCUCGCCGCAGCUGCAGUUGGGACUAUGGUGGUGUUUCAGGGCGGGAUAGGGCCUGCUGGGCAUUCAACAGAUGACCUUUACGUGCUUGACUUGACUAAUGACAAAUUCAAGUGGCAUAGAGUUGUUGUUCAAGGACAGGGUCCUGGGCCUCGAUAUGGCCAUGUAAUGGACUUGGUUGCUCAAAGAUACCUUGUUACUGUUAGCGGGAACGACGGAAAAAGAGCGUUGUCGGAUGCUUGGGCUCUGGAUACUGCUCAGAAGCCCUAUGCCUGGCAGAGGCUUAAUCCAGAAGGAGAUAGACCUUCUGCUAGAAUGUACGCCACAGCCAGUGCCCGGUCAGAUGGCAUGUUUUUGCUGUGUGGGGGAAGAGAUAUUUCAGGCGCACCAUUGGCAGAUGCUUACGGGCUGCUCAUGCAUAGGAACGGUCAGUGGGAGUGGACUCUUGCACCCGGGGUGUCUCCUUCACCAAGAUAUCAACAUGCUGCGGUCUUUGUUGGGGCUAGAUUGCAUGUUACAGGAGGUGCUCUUAGAGGAGGACGGUCAGUUGAAGGCGAAGCAGCUAUUGCAGUAUUGGACACUGCUGCUGGAGUUUGGUUGGAUAGAAAUGGGCUGGUGACUUCCUCACGAACAAGCAAGGGGCACACUGAUAAUGAUCCUUCUGUGGAGCUUAUGCGUCGUUGUCGGCAUGCAGCUGCGUCUGUUGGGGUUCGGGUGUACAUUUAUGGUGGUCUCAAAGGAGAUAUUCUGUUAGAUGAUUGCCUGGUGGCAGAAAACUCGCCUUUACAAUCCGACAUUAAUUCUCCUGUAUUAACAUCUGAUAGGGCUUCAACAAGUCCCAGGGCAAACCAUUCGUACACUCCAACAUCAUUUUUAGAUGGCUUUCCUGACAGUCCCACCUCCAGUGGCACAAGCAUGGACAAGAACUCUAUGGAGAAACUUGCUGAGGCUUCUGCUGCUGAGGCUGAGGCUGCUAGUGCUGUAUGGCAAGCUGUUCAGGCAGCAUCCGCCUCUCCUGCGGAAGAAACAUCUGUAUCAGAUGGCAACUCACAAGCGGCAGAGACAACAUCAGAGGGCAGUGACAUUGAGGCAGAUGUUCGGCUGCACCCCAGAGCUGUUGUAAUUGCUAAAGAGGCGGGGGGGAACCUGGGUUUGAUGGUGAGGCAGUUAUCCUUGGAGCAUUUUGAAAAUGAGAGCAGACGAAUGGUUCCCAUGCAUAAUGACCAGUCGUAUCCUGCGAAAAAGAUCACCAGGCAGAGGUCUCCUCAGGGUUUGCAUAAGAAGAUUAUUUCUAAUCUGCUUAGGCCUCGGAAUUGGAAAGCUCCUGGUAACAGGAGGUUUUUUCUGGAUUCUUAUGAAGUGGGUGAGCUUUGCUAUACUGCUGAACAGAUCUUUAUGCAUGAGCCAACAGUUCUCCAAUUAAAAGCUCCUGUCAAAGUGUUUGGUGAUCUCCAUGGACAAUUUGGUGACUUAAUGCGGCUAUUUGAUGAGUAUGGAUUUCCUUCCACUGCAGGGGACAUAACGUAUAUUGACUAUUUGUUUCUUGGUGAUUAUGUUGAUCGAGGACAGCAUAGCUUGGAGACUAUCACCUUGCUCCUUGCACUGAAGAUCGAGUAUCCCGAGAAUGUUCAUUUGAUACGUGGGAAUCACGAGGCUGCUGACAUAAAUGCACUCUUUGGAUUUCGUCUGGAAUGCAUUGAGAGAAUGGGUGAGAACGAUGGCAUCUGGGCAUGGACACGAUUCAAUCAACUUUUUAAUUAUCUUCCGCUGGCUGCACUCAUUGAGAAAAAGAUUAUCUGUAUGCAUGGUGGCAUAGGAAGGUCCAUACAUUCAGUAGAACAGAUAGAGAAACUUGAAAGACCCAUAACGAUGGAUGCUGGUUCUAUUAUCUUAAUGGAUCUUCUAUGGUCCGAUCCCACUGAAAAUGACAGUGUUGAGGGUUUGAGACCAAAUGCUAGAGGUCCGGGACUCGUAACUUUCGGGCCUGAUCGAGUGACAGAUUUUUGUAAGAAGAACAAGUUGCAGCUCAUUAUAAGAGCUCAUGAAUGCGUUAUGGACGGAUUUGAACGGUUUGCUCAGGGGCAGUUGAUCACACUUUUUUCUGCAACAAACUAUUGUGGGACGGCCAACAAUGCUGGAGCAAUAUUGGUAGUUGGCAGAGGGUUAGUUAUCGUUCCAAAAUUGAUUCAUCCCCUGCCACCUCCCCUUCAGUCCCCAGAGACAUCUCCAGAACAUUUCGUAGAUGAUACAUGGAUGCAGGAGCUUAACAUUCAAAGGCCACCAACUCCCACAAGAGGUCGUCCACAGCCGGACCAUGACCGGAACUCACUCGCCUAUAUCUGAUUCCUUUCAAGUGAUGCCUACUUUUUCCAUUUUUACAAUGCCUCAAUACAUGGAGAUCGAAGUUUUUGAGAAGGCAUGGUCACACUCUCGCCUAUAUCUGAUUCCUUUCAUGUGAUGCCUACUUUUUCCAUUUUUACAAUGCCUCAAUACAUGGAGAUCGAAGUUUUUGAGAAGGCAUGGUCACACUCGGUUCUACCUCGAUGAGACAAUCCAACAUCUCGCAUGAUUCAGUUUGCCGUGUUGUAUUUCCAUAGUUACCAGAGUUUUUAUAGGAGUAGGCUUGUCUAGUCUACACACAACUACAUUAUGGUAGACAAUAGCUAGAUUUUGUUGGCAGAUGCGUUGUGACCUCCCAUACUACUUUGUAGUUGUGUUUGUAUAAUUAUUUUGUGGGCAAGGUCGAUUUCUUACGCAAAACCAAUAGAGGUCAGUUUUGGUUAUGUGUUGUGUAUAUGUAUAUUACUGAGAUUAUCUUUUUCAUGAGGGGAUUACUUGUAAUUUUUUAUAUUUUAUUUCGGAAAUGGGCCCUUUCUUUUA